ACCAGCAAAGUUUAAGUUGGACCUUGGAAGCCGAAAUUUGAAAUACUAUUCCAUCUUUCCUCAGCUCACGAUUUGCUACUGUCUCUACGGUGAUACUUCUUCCCUCUUUUCCACCCUUGUCAUUCUCCAAUCUUCAGGAGUAACAGAUGCACUGCGAACGUUGUUUAUCUUAAUCCAAUUGUCGUUCGUGAACUUGAUUGACCUCGUUUGUUCCUUCUGCAUCGACAUCAUCACCUGGAAUGUCCCUGGCUAUUCUGUCUCGGGAAAAUUCAACAGGAAUCUCCUUAACGUCAUCCGGAUCCACUCGCUCAGGAACUAGCAUCAGGAAGAUGGCCCUCUCCUCUCAUGAGGAGAACGGUCAGAUACCAGAUUCAUCCGAAGAGUCUACCUUGGAACAGAGUCAUAAGCCCGCUCGACGUUACCCCGCGACCCUCUCCUCAACGCCCCUACCUCCACACCGUCUCGCAAAAAUUGCCAGCUCUUUUGGUGUCCAUGUUCCAAUCCCCCACUCUGCACCCGAAACGACAUUUGGCACACGCCGCUCGUACAGUUCUUCCUCGUAUAGCAGGCAUCACCAUCGAACAACUACAGCGACACGGCUACUACUUCACGUCAUCCCCCCCGAGACUUUGCCUCCAUCUGAGUCCAGGUGUUUGUCAGGAAUCAGAGCCAAUGCUCGACGCGGUAGCCUGCUUCCUCUACACACGACACUAAAGGGCCAGCUUGAGGCUAUCAAGCGUGAAUACAACUUCCCAUCAAUUGCUGGACUUGUAGUUUACCUGUUGGACAUUCAGGAUGAGGACAGCACUACGACAGGGUUUAUUGGGCCCAAAAUUAGCGAGGAGGCGUGGAAGCUUCUGUGGUAUCGUGCACUAGCCAUGGAUCGCACUGACACAAAGCGCGCCUUCCUUUCACCUCCACCUCUUCCAUCCACCUCCCCACCCUCCCCAAUGUCUGCCGAAGAUGCAUCUGAAACUGACUCUCAGAGUCACGAGCCGGCCACUACCGAUCCUUUUAAGAGUGCAGCGCAGAGGAAAUUGCGGUCACUUCACACUGCACAAGGGAUCCGAACCUCACCCUCCACUACCACACUGUCAAGUACCAACUCUAAUGAAUCGCAUACAUUUUGUCUCCCUCAUCACCCCGGCAUGUCACAGCGAUCAUUGUCCCUGAAUUCAGACUCAUCAUCAAUCACUUCUGCUCGCACGCUCCCGUCAAGCACCGUAGUGGGGAAAAUUGAGUUUGACAUCGACCUGGAUAAAGGCCGCUGGUAUGAGCAAUGGGCCAGAAGGAAGAGCGGUGGAGCAACAUCCGCUCCGCCAACCAAUCGUUCGUUGUUAUCCCCGGCUAUCGUUGCACAGAAGGAACAGGAGCGACAGCAGUUCCGCAGAGGUCCGCUUGACGUCCCCACUACUCCAAUCACUCCAAUUACGCCUAUUACGUUGAAUGACGAUGUUGGUGAUGCAACAUAUACUCAGCUCGCCGAUUCCAAUGACGGGGCGGGUGAUGAUGAUGGCAUUGGCACCGCAGACACGACAGCUAGAGCUGAGGACCCCGAAACUGUGCUUGAGUUGAGGGACGAAGAUGUGUGGCGCGAACUCCACGCUAGCGAUUCUCUCUUGACAAAGUCGAAAGCAAAUCCCCACACACAGUUCAACGCAAUGUUGGAAGGCACCAUCCCAGAAAGUGAUCCCAUUGGCGUUUAUAGCGCGACUAGGGAUCUUGAAGAAGUUCUAGCAAAAUGGAAUGAGCGGCGAAGUACGAUGGGCACGACAAGUGCAACAGCGUCCCCUCCACCAUUGGACUCCCCAAUCGUUCUCCGAGGUGAAGAAGUAAAAUCAUCCUCUGUUAUCUUCCCACGUCCAAAGCCAAGAUCCAUACCGCCUCCUUUGCCCCUUGACAAUGACGAUAAACCGUCAGUGGAGGUUUCUCACGCCUCGCCUACUUCAACAUCACCAUCAUUCAACCUCCUGGAAGGUGCUCCGUUCACCAAUGGAGUACUCAGCGAGGAGGCAAAUGAGAACGACAGUGGCAGCGAAUACUCGAACAACAGCCAGGUUCUGUUUCGGCAGCAGCUUGAUCGUAUUGAACAGCAUCUUGCUCAAGUAUCGCCCCGAAAGCUUCCGGAUGGAGUUACGAUGCCGAUUGCGGAGGCGAUCUCUCCGGGACCAAGCCCUCGGGAACUUUUGGAGAUGGUACAAAACAGUCCACGAUCACCCCUUCCUGGUACACCAGGGUUUCUGUCGAAGGGUUUUUCCAGGCCAACGCCUGGGCAGCCACUGAUUAGUACUGCCGCUUCGUCACCUAUCGUAAAAAGGAGGCCCUCGGGAAAUACACAGUGGCCUGCUGUUCCCUUCGAACAUGUGGCGAAUGAAAUGCGACUUAACAGGACUGAACCUCCUGUUUCCCCUUCCUUCUCUUCCC